AUGCCCGUCACAGAGUUUGCUACGAAGGAGCUCUACAAAUACCAAAAUGGCUUCAACAACCACCUAGAAUCCGAAGCCAUCCAAGGCGCCCUCCCCAUCGGCCACAACUCCCCUCAAAAGCCACCCUACGGCCUCUACGCCGAGAAGCUCUCAGGAACCGCCUUCACAGCCCCUCGCCACGAGAACAAGCAGACCUGGCUGUACCGCAUCCUCCCUUCGUGCGCUCACCCGCCCUACCAGCCGUCUCCCGAGUCCCGCGCCGCCCAGGAAGGCGCCGACACCUCCAAGCUGCGCUUCAUCCCCAACCAGCUGCGCUGGGAUCCCUUCGACCACAAUGAGGCGCGCGACCUUGACUUUGUCUCCGGCAUGAGGCUCGUCGCUGGCGCCGGCGACCCGACGAUGAAGCAGGGCAUCGGCAUGCUGGUCUACGCCGCCGGCAAGAGCAUGGACGAGAAGUCGGCCUUUUACUCGGCAGACGGCGACCUCCUGAUCGUGCCGCAGGAGGGCGAUCUCAACAUCCGCACUGAGUUCGGCUGGCUGCUGGUGCGGCCCAUGGAGAUCUGCGUCAUCCCACGCGGCGUCAAGUACCAGGUCCAGCUGUCUGGCCCGGCCAGGGGCUACGCGCUCGAGCUGUAUCAGGGCCACUUCAACCUGCCCGAGCUGGGCCCCAUUGGAUCCAACGGUCUCGCCAACGCCCGCGACUUCCAGGCGCCUGUGGCCCAUUUCAGCGAGGACUACGGCGCCACGGCCUCCGAGGGCAGCAACUCGUUUGACAUCACAGUCAAGCUCAACAACACGCUCUUCCACACGCGACAGGCUCACACUCCCUUCGACGUCGUUGGCUGGCAGGGCAACUACUACCCCUACAAGUACGACCUGGGCCGCUUCAACACCAUCGGUACCAUCUCAUACGACCACCCGGACCCCUCCAUCUUCACCGUGCUGUCAGCCCCGUCCGGCGUGCCCGGCACCGCCGUCGCCGACUUCGUCAUCUUCCCGCCGCGCUGGCUGGUCGGCGAGGACACCUUCCGCCCGCCCUGGUACCACCGCAACACCAUGAGUGAGUUCAUGGGCCUCAUCUGCGGCGGCUACGACGCCAAGAAGGGCGGUGCCGGCGGCUUCGUGCCUGGCGGCGCCAGUCUGCACAACGUCAUGAGCGGCCACGGCCCAGACGCCGACAGCCACGAGGGCGCCCGGAACGCCUCGCUCGCCCCCGUCAAGGUCGGUGCUGGCAGCUGCGCCUUCAUGUUCGAGAGCUGCCUCAUGGUUGGCGUCACUGAGUGGGGGCUGCGCACCUGCAAGAAGGUCCAGGAGGGUUACAGCGAGGAGAGCUGGGGAGGAGUCAAGACGCACUGGGCGAAGCCGGCCGGCAAGGAGGUGAGAAGCCACCUUGCUGAGUAA